UAAGCAUCAUCCCAACUUGAGAAUGGUGAGCAAAAAUAUUCUCUCAAGCCGUCUUCAACAGAAGGACCGGUCUAAAUCAUAGCCCUGAACGCCGGCUCAGGAGACACUCCGACGGGGCUAGACUGGAGUGGACUGGACGGAGAUCCCCCGGACUCGAUUUUUUUCUUCCGUCCUUCUUUGCUCUGCACAAUGGCGGCAGUUUGUGGCUAAGGAGGAAGAGGAAAAGCUUCGGUUUUUCUAUUUACUCCUACAUUUUCUCGGCAUCCAAACAGAUCUUUUUGAUUUUGAACUGCCUGUGAUCACUAUUUGGUGGCACUUUGGUCUGUGGAACUAGCACCUAAACAGCAAGAGGCCUCUGAUUUGUGAGAUUGCUUGUUCAUCAAACUUCUGCAUUGGCCAUGUCUGGUAACCCGAAAGUUGUAAACGCGUUUCGUGUGACGAGGGCCUUGGGGAUUCCUGAUGCAGAGAUCAAACCGGUGCUGAAGGAUUUGCUGCGAAUGUAUGAUAAAAAGUGGGAGCUUAUAGAAGAAGACAACUACAGGACUCUUAUAGAUGCAUAUUUCGAUUCUAAGGAAAACAAGGGAAAAGAAGAGAAGAGAGAAGCUAUGGAGCUUGAUGGGUCUGAAAGACCAGGAAAAAGGCUGCAUUUGGCCAAUGACAGAGGAAAGAAACCCAUUGCACCUCAUCUGGUCUCUGGAGAUAGAAAAAUUUCAAUUGGUAAUCACAAGAAAGACUUGGUGAUUCCAAAAACAGAGGAAGGCACAGACACCAUUUCAUCUUCUUUCGAACGUGCAGUACCGGUGAGACGUCCAGCUCUUCCAGAUUCGUCUCGAGGUUCAACUGGGGGUAACUCUGGAUCAUCCUCUACUGAAGUGGGUAGAAGUGCGCGUGACCUCACUUGCGGGGAUAACCAUGUUUCAAGACCGAUGAAUCGACAAUGUGGAACAGAACGUUCACAGGCUGAUUUAAAUGGUGUGGAUUCAAGCUGUCCCAUCACUUGCGAGGACAGGAAGCCAGUCAAUUUUUUCCGUGACAUCACGAAAUCUACGGAGAAAGUGAAAAUAUCAUUGGUAGAUGAAACUGGAAAUGAGUGCCUGCCAAAGUUCAAUUACAUACCGCACAAUAUUAUCUACCAAAAUGCCAAUGUGAAUAUCUCACUAGCUCGGAUUUCAGAUGAAGAUUGCUGCACUGACUGCUCUGGAGAUUGUCUUUCAGUGGCAAUACCAUGUGCAUGUGCUCGUGAAACAGGUGGGGAGUAUGUGUAUACACCACAAGGCCUACUAAAAGAAGAUUUUUUAGCAGCUUGUGUCAAGGAACCAGAGGUGCACAACUUUGUUUAUUGUCAAGACUGUCCAAAUGAGAGGUCUAAGAACGAGUACUACCCUGAAAAAUGCAAAGGUCACCACAUCAGGAAGUUUAUAAAGGAAUGCUGGAGAAAAUGUGGAUGUGACUUGUCGUGUGGAAAUCGGGUAGUGCAAAGGGGUAUUUCUUGUAAGUUACAGGUAUUCGUGACUCCUGAAGGGAAAGGCUGGGGUGUUAGGACAUUAGAGGUCUUGCAGAAGGGGACAUUUGUCUGUGAAUAUGUUGGGGAGAUACUGACCAACACUGAAUUAUACGAGAGAAAUAACCAAAGCAGUGGAGCUAAAAGACAUACCUACCCCGUAUUGCUAGAUGGAGAUUGGGGCUCAGAGCGAAUUUUGAAGGAUGAUGAUGCCCUUUGUCUUGAUGCAACAUCACAUGGAAAUGUUGCCAGAUUUAUCAAUCAUAGAUGCUCUGAUGCAAACUUGAUUGAUAUCCCAGUUCAAGUGGAGACUCCUGACCGUCACUACUAUCACCUUGCCUUUUUUACUACCAGGAAAGUGAAUGCAUUUGAAGAGCUGUCGUGGGAUUAUGGUAUUGACUUUGAUGAUCAUGGACACCCUAUAGAGGCAUUUUCGUGUAAUUGUGGUAGUGUAGCUUGCCGGGGAAAGAAACAGAAUGGACGGAAAGAACGCAGAGGGAAAAGAUUUGUGUUGGGAUAGCUGAUGAUAACUAUCACUGGUACCGAGAACCUGCGGCUGAUCAUUCGAGUAUGGCAGUGCUUCCUUCAGAGCUCGGAAACUGGAGAAUUUUGUGUUGGAGGAGGAAAAUGUAAGCAGAAUGUUGGAGAUGAACUUUUGUAGAAGCUGUAGUAGAAGCUGUGUUUUAUACACAGGAUGAUAUUAUUUAGGUUUCUUACUUUUUAUGGGAACUUUAACGAAAAACUGCAGGUACUGUUCAUUUUAACGAAAAAUCAUAUUUUUACA